GUGUGUGUGUGUAUUUCGCAGAUAAUAUCUAUUUUCUUUAGUUGAUUCAUAUUGCAUUUGAAACUAGCCAUUUAUUCCUGUCCAGAGAAGGAAUGUAGCUUAUAAUAUUAUCUAGAUGUGAGGAUUAGUUACAUUUCAUGAAAUAAAAUGUUCUGCACAUUCAAAUAUGGAGAUCACUUGCAUUGCUCUGCUUUUAUAUCAUAUUAAAGUGAAUAUCUUUAGGUUUUUGGACAAAAGAAGAAAUUUGUUGUGGAUGUAUUAUUUAAUUGACAUUAAGUCAGCUGGUUGAUAUUAAUAAUAAUGUUAUUUCAUGUAUUUCUCUUUUAUUUGUAUAUUACAUGGAUGACGAGAGCUACAUGUAACUGGAGUCAAAUUCCAUUUGCUUCCCCUGGCCUGGCUGCCUACCCACAAUGCACUGCUGCAGGGCUCCGUUUGUCUCCGUCGGUCCACGACACGGAAACACAGCCGUAAGGUCUGGUUGAUCUCGUUCGUCUUCCUGACAUCAUGUCUGGCUCCAGGGAUUUACCAGCCAUAGAGGAUUCUGGGAUGAGGCUCCCCAUCGGGAUGACCCGGCGGGCCCUCAGCUACGACGACAACAUGGAGGCGCCCAUGUCCACGCCGCCCCACGACAUCCGCAUCAACAACCUGUGGCGGCGCCCCGUCAUCCCGGAGAGGAAGUUCUCCCACCUGGCCGAGGAGGACGAGAGCGGUGCGGCGAGUCAUUCGACGGCGGCGAAGAACAGCGCCCCCUCCAGGUCACCGGCUGUGGUGAAAGCCAAGGCCUCCUCCAUCAUCAUGAGUUCUCUCAUCACCAAGCAGACUCAGGACAGCGUCUUCCGGUUCGAGCAGAGGGCGGGGCUUAGCGACGCCAGCUACACGCCCCACAAAGGCCUCACCGCCGAGGAGACGCAGCUCCACCACCGCAUGCCCGAGGCCCUGCAGAAACUACAGAUUCAGAGUUUAGAGGCCAGAGAAGAACGACAGAGCUCCUCGACUCAGUCCACGCCAACCAACACUCCUCACAGCUCCCCAAAGCAGCUCCGCAGGGGCUGGUUCAGCAGCACGGGUUCAGAGGUCAGCGUCGGCUCCUCCACCAGCAGCGUGGAUCUCGGUGGAGCCGACUCGGCGGUGGAGAGGUGGAGCGUGUUUGGACCGCGGCCCGCCGUCCAGAAGUCGACGUCCGACCUCGGUUCGGACGCCACGGCUUUAGCAGGCUUUGCGCUGCAGGCGUACCGCGGCGCCCAGAAGCCGACGCCCAUGGAGGUGAUGAAGUCGCAGGGCGCGCGGCUGGCCGACAACGCCGCCGCCCAGAAGGUGAACCCUCCCAAGCUGGAGAUCCCCGCCAUGGAGGGCCGGCGCCCUGCAGCGCGGCCGCACAAGCUGAAACCCCGAGACAUGAACGUGCUCACGCCCUCCGGCUUCUGAGGCGGCGGAGGCGACCGCCAAGCCACCGCGGGCGCCGGCGGUCCCGAGAAAUGUCGUAGUCGACUGUUUUAUUACAACUCGGGUCUCGUUUUUCGUAGUUUUGUACGUCGGAAAUGCUGACGUUGUACUCGACGAGGUAAUCGCUUCGCCGGGUUUCCAUCAAUUUCAAUGUUGCGUUCGGAAACCUGCCUGGUAACAGCGGGUGGGGGGGUGAGGGUUUCAUCGUGUUUACAUUCGUCAUAAAGAUUCUCUAAAUAGAUUAUGGAGACAAUAUGUUUGUUGACGAAUAAAUUCUGACGCAGCGGAACGUUGGAGGAUUGAAACACAACCGAUAGGAACAAAUUCCUAAAGACAUUGUCUGAUCGAUCGGCCAAGACGACUUAUCGUUCCCACUCGCAAAAUUCUUCUUCUUCUUCUAAACCAAUUGAGAGAAAUGCGCAAACAUUUUUUUUCCGAUUUUUGACUUGAGUGGAAACGCGGCGUCGUUACCAAAAUGAAAUCUGACAGAACAAGUUGUAAAUGGACUCAUUUAGCAGGAAGUCCUCGUUGGGCGUGUGUUGCAGUGGUUGGAACAUGCAAACAUUUUAACAACUUCCAAUCUCCAUCUUUGAGGCGUUUACUGUGUAGCGUGACUGUAAAAUAAAAACAUCUCGUACUUUCCCUUUACCCUCGGUCUGUGUACUGUGACAGCUGCCAGUGGCUGAUCCUGAUAUGUUCGUGAAGAUGAUGAUAAUGAUGAUCCUUUAUUCCAUUAUUUAGAAAUGCACUUUAUUCCCACUAUACAUGCUCGUGUUACACAUUCCCCCAAGAUGCAAGUCCAUGUGAGAAAACUCCCCCUUCCCUCCGUGUUGUUCUGUCACGUCUUCUCAAAGGGGAAUUUUUAAUAAGACGUAAGUGUAGAUUAUUACCAAUCAAACAACAGAACAAAUGAAAUCAAAAAGGCAUUGUAAAAAAAAAAAUAUGUAUGAUUAUUGUCUCAGGAAAUCCUGCUCACUGAAACGUUCCACGUAUUUGUUUUGCGUUACAGUUGUAAUCAUUUAUAUGUUGUAGUAUUUUAUAGAUUUUACUGUAGCAACAUAUUUUGUUUAUUUUUUGGGGACCAGAAGCAGAAAGUGUGUAAAAUGAUAAGAGAACCCAAACAUUGGCGUAUUUCAGUUUUUGUUCUUCUUUUUUCUGAUUUUUUGGUUUCAAAGGAGAAGGAAUUUAAAAGAACCCCAAAAAAAGAAGCGGGUUUAUGGCCUCGUUUUUAGUUUUCAGUGUGAGAGCUCGGUCACCGAGUUGUUCUCCCGGUCAUUCAUGAAGGAUUCCAGACGCGUUCGGCUGCUGCUGUGUGCAAAUCGCCUGAAGAGACACAUUCCUGCAGAAGGAGAGAAAAAAACAGACAUUUCUGCAGCGCUAGCUCAGCGCUAACUGCUAAUAGGUGGCUCUUCUUUCUCUUUUUAUCCGAGGUUUCUGCUUCGUAUGGUUUCACCUGUUUUGUUGUCAUUUCUCUCGGUUUGAAGUGAACUCUGCGGUCAGAUUGUCGUGUCGAACAAUCCUGAACGCACUCUGACCCUCGGCAGCUGUAAAUAUGAAAUAUGACCGACUGCUCCGUUCCAGUUUAUGUUUGCCGUGUGUUUGACGCCAACCCUCUACAUCUCCCCGACUGAAGUAUCACAUCUGAAUCUGUGGUUGUGAAGUUUUUUUGUGUAACUUAAAAUUAACGUGAAAUUUCAGAAUAAAUGUCACGGAAAAACAAA